CUAAAGGAGCGCUCUCGCACAGCCACAGUUCCGUCAGUAAUUGGGAAAAAGAUGAGCGGCCUGGGUCCGGCAGCCUGUUGGCUGGCCCACAAGCGCAUCGAAUCCUGGUCCCGGAUGGCCAAGGAGCGCGUGGGAGCGGUGCGUCGGGUAACGCUCGACCGGAAUUCGGCAGAUGAGGGCACUCCCAGCGGCAGUGGGAGUGGCACCUCCGGCACAUCGGCCGUGGGCGGUGGUAAUGGCUCCGGUGGCCCGGGAUUGGUGCACAUCCUGCCAACGGGAGAUGGUAUCUCGGGCAGUUCCACCACACCGCCGCCACAGCCCAUGACCCCGCCGCCAUCGGCAUCGUCGGUAACGUCGACCACCAGCGGCAUUGGAAGCGUUUCGGCCGGUAGUGUCAGCGAUAGCUGUGAUUUGCCCACGGACUCGGAGGAGGUGGCCAUUGCCAAGGAGUGCCAGCCCAUCCAGCCGGCCACCCAUAUGCAUGGCAUGCAUGGAGGGAUGGGCAUGAAUCAUCAUCAUCACAUGGGCGCCGUCUCGGCCACUGGAACGGACAUAUUACGCGGACCCGCUGAGGUGUUCCACAGUCCGCUGCAUUUGCAUCACCAGAGCCGCUCCUUCCCGCCGCGCCUCCAACGCACACCGUCCAUCUCCAGCCAGAGCAGCGUGGACAGUGCCCCAUCCAGGCAUUCGGGUCAUCGCGGCUCCUCUCCACAGAUAAGGACCUUCGGACCGGACGGACGCAGCUCGCUGCCCAGUGAGCCGGCAUUUCCCCACCAUUUGGCCAGGUCACCCAGUCCCAUGCGAACCAUUUCUUUGGAUGCCCGCUGUGGCAGUCCUGCCCAUUCGGUGGAUCCGGGUGAUAUGAGAACGCCCAGUCCUUCGCAAGGCAGUUUGGCUUCGCUGGCAGGUGGUUCGGGUAGUGGCUCGGGCAAGGGUGUGGGCGUGGGUGGAGGUCGUUGCCUUUCGCCAUUGCUGAUACCGCCAAGAUCACAGCCUGGAGUGGAUCCCGCCAUGGGUCCAGCUUCGCCAUUGGGUGCUUUACAGCCGGAUCUUUAUAGAUUGCCCGAUGGUCCUGUGUAUCUGACAGCUCCUGAAUCCAGUCAUGCCGUGGGACGCUUGCAUUUGCGUGUAAAGUACGAUUAUCACCUGUUUGAUUUGACGGUGCAUCUGAUUGAAGCUCACAAUCUCAGUCCUAUUGAAGAGGGCGGCUUCCGGGAUCCUUACGUUCGGCUUAUGCUGCAACCAGAAGUAGACAGCCGAAAGCGACAGACUCACAUCCAUCGUGGCGAGUCGAACCCCUACUUUGACCAGCAUUUCAAGUUCCCGGUUUCCCGCGACCAGCUUCAAGGCAAGGAGCUGAUUCUCCAGGUGCUCGACUAUGAUCGCUACUCGCACAAUGAUAUCAUUGGAGAGGUUCGAAUCUCAGUGGAUGGUUUGGAUCUGUCCAAGUCGGUGGAGAUUUGGGGAGACUUGCUGCGCACCAAGAAGCCCAAGGAGGAUCGACCGGAGCUGCUCUGCUCUUUGAACUAUUUGCCACAGGCCGAGCGUUUGACGGUGGUGAUAAUGAAGGCAAGGAAUUUGGACACGGUUCAGGAACCCUAUGUCAAGAUUUACCUGAUUCAAAACGGCAAGCGCAUCAAGAAAAAGAAGACGAGCAUCACAAAGUCCGACGAUCCCACCAAUCCCAUCUGGAAUGAGGCAUUCACGUUUAAUUUGCAAUCAAAUUAUCUCCACAAUGCAGCCAUCGAGAUUUACGUGGUCGGGGCCGGGAGCGAGGCCACGGAAAUUGGGUGCUGCGGCCUGGGGCCCCAGGAGAGUGGAACUGGGUGCCAGCACUGGCACGACAUGAUUAACAAUGCCCGGAAACCGACGGCCAUGUGGCACUACAUUCGCUAGGCACUUAAGGGGUUAUGAUUUGCUUAAUAGAUCAGGGGUGCCCAGUUGAAACCUUUGCUACCCAGCUCCUUAGCCCCCUAGCUCCCUUGCUCCUUUGAUUCUCUAUUUGCUGUGGAAAAACAAGGAUGGAACAAGUCUUCUUUUAGUUUUUUUUGGGCACCCCUGAUAAUAGGUGUUCUACCGUAACCGUGUGUAACCAAUUGUGUGUCUGUGUGAAUUUUCCAUUUGCAUUUUCUGAAGCUUAUAACGAAAUCAAAAAAAUCUCACCUAUAUAUAGAUAUAUAUAUAUGAGUAUACAAUAUAUAUAUAUACACUGGCUGCAGCUACUUAACUAAGCAUUAACUUGCCCUCCAAGAAGCUCAAUCAAAAGUUCCUACACAACGACAGAAACUUCGAAAAUUGCCCACGACAUUUGCUAAUUGAAUGUGUUUUUGUGGGCAAUUGAUUUAACGGAUUUUUUUGUGUUGUUCCUUAAACUGUGCAUUUUGUGCAAUCUCUCGAGAGUGAGCGGUUCCUGGGGGAGAAACCUAAAAGGAUAAAACAGCAAGGGUGCACACACAAACUGUCACCGAGACUUGUUGACAUUUCAAACACGACUUUACCAGACACUUGAGGAGCCGCCUGCCUUUGCUCCUUUUGCUCCUUUUUAUCCGCCGUAAGGUAUUCAAGUGUGCAUUUCUUAAAUAAUUAUGAAUACACCGCGCGGGGAAUAAUAUUCGUAUAGGUGAAUGGUCGUCAAUCAUGCCAGGACCUAGAAGGAGUCGCUCUUUUGUGACGGCGACAGUUGACAAAUUGCCAUCGUCCUGUUGUCCUUUUGCCAUUCGAUCCUGCCGUGUCCCGUUCCGAGUCCUGUGUGUGUUUUGUCGUCGUCGUCGUUGUCGUCAACUGUUUGACAGUUUCUCCCACAGAGCCAAGGGGGAGAAGCGAACGAGCACCAAGAAAAAAGGAGAGAACUUAUGCUAAUUGUUAAGUUGAAUAUUCCUUCCAACUGAGUACGUCUAUCGAGGGAUGCCAGGGAGCCUUUCUCGAGCACUUUAGCCUACUAUUUUGUAUGUGCUUACAACGAGUAUUGCAAGGAUAAUAAGAAUUUACGGGUGGAGAGCUGCUACUGAGAGCUAAGAGGGUUUGACGAUUUCUUUCACAUAAAUCUAUGCGUGUGUUUUUGGUGUUGUCGUACGAAUUAUGGGAAAUCUGUCCUUAUAAUGUGUGUAAAAUAUGCUACUUAAUCCGUAUAAAUAUCGCAGCCGAAUACAAAAACUGAAUGUGUGUGUGUACUUUACCAAAGACUUGAAAAAUAAAGGAUACAUAGCACUGCACGUGUUAACUAGACAAAAAAACAAGUACAUACUCUAGGGAGCCAGCAUAUAAAUAAAAUAUAUAUAUACAUACUAUAUAUUAUACACUCUAUACUUAUACAAAGUUUUUCUAUAAAAAAAAUCCUUCUACAUACAUAAAUUGUUUCAAUUUGUCCGAAUGUCCGGCGAAUCACAGAACCACAUUGCUGACACGGAGAAAAUACCGAAUAAAACCCCAACAAAUAACAACACAACAGGAUAAAUGCUGAAAUACCUCCGAUUUAAGCAAAACAUUGUUACUUUACAAUUCUUAGAAGGACAUGAAAUGUGCACGAAAUAUGCAAAGCAAAAUAAUAACACGAAAGCAAAGCGAAAUGUACAAAACUGCAUAUAUAUACAAAUAUAUUUCCUACAGAUAGUGUUUAUUUAUUGUAGCCUUACGGGGACUCUGUUGGAAGCUAAACCUAAAAUUGAGGAGUAACACCACCUAAAAUAUAAAUAUACAC